AGCAAGGAGAACGCACACCAUAUUCUUCUUGAUUAGUUCAGCGAUCGAAGCCAGCCAUGGCUUCCGGGAUCGCCAGCAUGUCGUCCUCUCUUGCGGUGCUCCUCCUCGGCGUGCUGCUGCUCUCCCGCAGCAGCGUCGGCAACGCGGCGCGGCACCUGGAGGAGGCGGAGUACCCACCGGUACCCAAGCCGGACGUGCCGCCACCGUUGCCUGUACCGAAGGUGCUGCCGAAGCCGGGGCUGCCACCGCUGCCCGCACCUGAGGAGCAGCCCAAUCCGGAGCUGCCGCCGUUGCCCACACCGGACGUGUUGCCAGAGCCGCCGUUGCCCGCACCCGACGUGCUGCCGAAGCCGGGGCUGCCCACACCUAACGUGCAGCCCAAACCGGAGUUGCCGCCGUUGCCCAAACCGGAGGUGCCCAAACCUGACGUGGAACCGAAGCCAGAGCUGCCACCCGUGCCCAAGGGUGAGGAGCCACCGAAGACGGAGCUGCCGCCGCCGCCAACAGGUGGGAUCCCACCAAAGCCGGUUUCGCCGCCUCUUCCUACAGGUGAGCUUCCGCCCAAGCCCGAGACAGACGAGCCAUCGAAGCCAGAGCAGCCUCCACUUCCGACCGGAGAGAUUCCACCGAAGCCAGAGGUCGAGCUGCCACCCAAGACAGAGGAGCCACCGAAGCCGGAGCUGCCGCCGCCUCCGACCGGUGACCUUCCACCGAAGCCGGACGUCGGGCUGCCACUGAAGCCAGACCUGCCGCCGCUCCCUACCAGUGAGCUUCCACCGACGGCGCAGCCGCCACUGCCGAAUCCCGCGGAACCAAAACCAUGAUCACUCAACCACCGACGAAUCCAUGCAUGGUCCAUGAUAUGUUUGAGUCCUGUGUCCAUUAUGACGAGCUACCGUGGCAUGCCUGACACCCGUGAUUUGUUUGUACUACGUCGUACCUGCUGAGCUAUUGGGAGUGUUUGAGAUCUUAUUAUGCAUACAUAUAUAAUAAAAUGGAUUUUCGUUCGUGUGUAA